AUGCACUGGCUGAGGCCAGCGCCAUCAUCGCAACCAGCAGCGUCAAGAUCUUCGGAUCGCGGCGCUUCAUGCAUCGGCUCAAUGGGCUACGCCGAGCCCGAGUCGAGCCCCAACAGCCUUCCUGCCUCGCUAGCCGAGCCGCAAAUUGAACCGCUCCCUUUCCUUCCUGUCAGCUUCUCUGCGCCUCCGUUCAACUCGUCCCGCCGCUCUAAGGCAGCCACCUUGCCCCUCGACGCCGCGCCGUCGAGGGAAAUGCUGCGGUUGGUCCGGCUCACCUCGAUCCGAGCCGCGCUAAUGGCCAAACUGCCAUCCAUGCUCGGCAGCAUCACAGCUGUGCAACACUAUGCUGUCCAUCGUCCCCAUCCAGAUCUCGGAGAGAUUUUCGCACUCCGUUUCCGCCGCUGCAAGGUUGGCACGGCGAUGGCGCUCGCCGCCCGCAAUGCCAAUCCGUCGGUGCAGUUCCUCCGGCCCUGGCGUCUGUUGCCGGUUUGGGGCCCCUCGUGCAAACGCGCGCCCUCGGCUGGGCGAACCCUCGAUGACAUGGAUCGUGACGAGCAGCCCGCCUCUGCAAGAGCGACGAUCACCUCCGAGACAAGAAAACUGCGUUCGAGGGCGAAAGGCCCCACUCAUACCUCCUUGGGGUUGGGCCCCGCGUGUGCCCAAGCGAGAGGCGUGGUUGUUGGUGUGGACCCUGACUACGCCCGCAUCCUCGCGUUCCUCUCCUCCGCCUCCACACGCCACAACAACCCUCUCUCUCUCGCAACCGUGCACGGUUCGUGUGCACCCUCGUCCCCCCCACGCCCGGAGUUCGCCUCGGCCUGCACUUGCACCACCAUCUCGCUUGAGUCGUCAGGACCUGCAGUAGUGUCUACCUCCGCUGCUGCUGCGUCCUUUCUGCCCUCUGCUCGGACUUCGUUGCUGUCCGCUCCCUUGGCCCAGCCCGGAAUAGCACAGCUCGCUUCUGCAUUACUCUCGCUUGCCCCACCCAGGAUCAGCCCGCAUCUCCGCGCAUCAGCUGCUCCGCCUCGACCAUCACAGCCCGCCGCAUCACGCAUCUCGCAUCAAGCGCACCCAGAACUAAGCUCGCUUGGCCGCAGCUUUUUUUUGGCUAUUCCGGCCCGGUUUCAUCGUCUUCUUCUUGCUGCCACAUUUUGUCAGGCUAAGGCCAGCGCAGGGCACCGCAUCCUAGACGAAGCUCGAAGUUUCGCCGAUUUGCAUCAAGCUCAACAACGUCUCAUUUGCACGCCCAA